GUCUGUGAUGAAAACUUCUAAAGCUAAGACCAAGGUCAAAAAAGUAAGUAAUAAGUUUGACCCUAAUAAAUUUGUGCCACAUGAAAGAAACUCAGAGGACUGUGAGAUCUUCAGCUUUGACAAGAUCUUGUCACUGAUAGAAGACGUCAUGAGGCAGAGCAAAGAUUCUAGCAGCCUCAUGAGGAUCUGGAAUGCAGUUCAUUCAUAUCAGAAAUCACUGGAGCAUAAAACACAUGCUUUUGACAAACUUCAUGAAAAAUAUGAAGAUUUAAAAAUUAAUCUCAGGGAUACUCAAAAGACGGCGUCAGAAACAGUCAAAGAAAAGUUAAAAGUAGAUACGGAAAACACUAUAUUGAAAGAAGAAAUGCACAAUCUGAG